AUGCUCUCUUCCCAAGACCAUUUCAAAGAAUCUAUCUAUGCUGGAACACUCGCGCUUGUGUUAUUAUCCACGAUCUUGGUGUAUAUAAUUCGGAGACAGAGGCUCAGCAAGCAAAGCACGCGCCCGUCUACGCCAACUACACCAGGUCUUGAGAAGGCGGCAUCGAAGAGAAGCAAUGCUCAAAACCGCGAAUUGGGUAAAUGGAUUCCAUCGGACUUCCGCAUGCCGAAGCCAGACCCAUAUCCAAAUUGGUCAGUCGAGCACACGAAACCGCUUCCGUACAGGCCGUUUCGGUAUGGUCCCAAAUACAACGUAACCAUGGGACUUCGAUCGCUCAAACAUGUCGAUUGGAUUGAGCUGGAUAAUCACUUUCCACGGUAUCACGCGGACAAGGCACGUCGUAUCAAGGAGCGUGGCCAUAAGUGCUGUAGGACAGCGCCUGAGGCGUAUCCCGCUGCGGUAGAACUUCUUGAAGAUUUAGUUGACUACCUGCCGGCGCGGUACCCGUCGCUGUACAAGCGGACGGAUGUCGGGAUUGACAACCUCUGGUCCGGCGAAAGCUUUGAUAUCGUAACGCGGCCAUUAGCAGAGGACCCGAUGCAAAUAUCAGCCCGGCUAGUACAAGACGACCUGGCGAUCAUGAUCGAGAAGCCAGAUGGCCAGUAUUAUCUUCUAGCAGGGGCAGUCUUGCUACCAGGAUUUUGGCGACUGGAAGAUAAGUACGGUAUGGCGUUACCAGAGAUCCACACGUCCGGGGAUGUACCGCAGUACCGAGAGAAGUUAGAGAAGGGCAUGUUAAACUUCUUCCGACGACUACGGCCGGAUGAGAUGGUAGCGCGUAACAACUACUUCCUGCAAGUAGACGACGAUCUGGGGUGGUCUUGGAGUAUCGGAUCAGAAGACGCGCCAGAGGUGAGUUGGAAUACAGCAGAGAAAAACCGCGCUGUCGAGCACCAUUACUUCCGCUCCGAAAGGCAGACACUGCGACGGCUACCACGAACAGGGGGCGUGGUAUUCACAAUCCGAACAUACUUCCACCCGAUCACGGAGGUCGCCGAGGAGGAUUACGUACCAGGCCGGUUGGCAAGUGCGAUAAGAAGCUGGGGAGAUGAUGUAAGCCGGUAUAAGGGGAAAGAAAGGUACGGAGAAGUGCUACUAGAGUACCUGGAUAAGAAGCAUGAGGAGCAGAUAGCGAGGGGCUUGGACCUUAGUCGCGAAGACGAAGUUCGAGCGUAUCCAUACUAG